GUAAAACCAAUGUGGGAUCGUACAUUGACCGAUGUCCUGAUUGCACAACAGAGCGCCUUUAUAUUUGUAUUAAGUUAUCAAACAAUUCCAGUUACAGUCAGUCACACAGUUAAUAUUGGGUGAUAAUGAGAGAAGAAGCCAAAGUGUCUCUAUAAAUAACAUUUUGUUUUGAUAUUAUUCAUAAAAUGUUAAAGGUAAUAUAGAAAAAUAGCAGCAUAGUUUGGUUGUAGUUUAAUAUAAUGGUGGAAAAGGCUAGCGAACACUCGAGGUGUAAUAUACACCUUCGUUCACAUCUAUUAGUUAUACUUUAAUAUAUUUUGUCAAAUAAGAAUCGUUGGUUACGAUUUUGCAUUAAAUGAAUAGUAUGAUUUGGAUUAGAGAAUUAGAGACUGAAGUUCACCCAUUAGAUACUAUGGUAUAGUAUCAUGUCCAAACUCCAUUAAUACAUGGUCUAAAUAGCAAAACUCGAUAGAAGUACGGUAAGGUGGCGUACGCUAGUUUAAACCACGUACAACUUAUGAAGUUGAAAAUGGUUUGUGAAUCAAAGAUCAGAUGGUCAUGAAAACUAUUUUCCAAGCGGUGAUGAAGUUACAACGUUGUUUGGCAUUAUUGUUCAUCAUGAUUAAAACCUGGAUCAUAUUAGAUGAAACACAGAUAAUAGAUAACAAUUCAUAUAUAUAUAUAUAGCUAAAGUGAGUUUACUGUAGCAUAAAAUAUUACAAUUUGAUACCCCAAAUGUAAUUAAAUUACAACUUAAUCACUAUAAUGUACAUUUUACAUUUUGAUACCUCAAAUUCAAAUUUAAUUAACUUACAAUUGAUACCCCAAAUUUAAUUAAAUCACAACUUAGUCACUAUAAUGUAAAUUUUACAUUUUGAUACCUCAAACCCAAAUUUAAUUAAAUUAAACCUUGGUCAUUAUAAUGUACAUUUUAAAUUUUGAUACCUCAACUAAAAAAAUUGAUCAAGAACCUUCCAUUAUCUACUUCCUCUUCGUUUCAUUUUUCACUCGCCGUCCAUAACCCUGCUUUAUUUUUUUUCUUUGCCUUCGUCGUCUAACCCAAAUCAGUAUACUAUUUAUAUGUAUUCUAAUCUCAAGUAUGAAUGAGUCCAUACAGGACUGACCAACAAUAUAGAGAAUUAAUAAUUAAACCAUGAACCACUAACUUUUUUAGCUCAAUGUCGAGUCCAAUUAAAAAUAAACAUAUAUGGUCAUUACUUAUUAGAAAUUAGUCAUUUCCACUAUGGGAUUUGAAGGCGUGAAUUUUUAAGCGAAUUCCAGUUUGUAUUCCUUUUGAUUCUCUCUAGAGUUUUUCUUUUCACCCGGGCUAGAAUUUUCAAAAAUUAUACAUGAAAUUUUCAACAAUUAUACAUAUAAAAUAAAUAGUUUCCUAUUUUCUAUCAAAAAGUAAAUAAUUAUCAUCUUAAAUACAUCACCAUAAAAGAAAUCACCCCUCAACCAUGUAAAUUAUAGUUUGGUACCUAAACUUAAUAAAUCAUUUGUUUUGCAUAUAAGUCCUCAAAAUAUUGAUGGAACAUUACAUUUUAGUACCUAAAUUUAUUGUGUAUUAUAUUUUAGUACAUAAACUUUUGAAGUUCUGCAAAUAGGUCUAAUUUUUGUAUGUGUAAUUAAAACACACUCAAAUAAAUGGGUAUCCAUACCCAACUCAUACACAUUUAUAUUAUAAAAGUAAAUAUUCAUACCCUACCCAAACCCAUCUACAAACUUCCAAACCCAUAUAUACGUCACUCAUACCUUACUCAUAAUCAAUUGGUCUACUUGGAUUUAGGUAAAUAUCAUGUAUUAGCAAAAAAAUAAAAAAAAAAAUAAUGUGAUGUUGACCGUCAUAUAUCUCUUCUCAGUCAAUAUCAUAUUGUUAAGUCAAUAUUACUAACAAAACUGCUAACAAGAAAUUAAUUUUAGACUAAUAACACUAACAAAACACUAUAACGGACCACAUAAUACAUGCACAUACGCCAUCUCCGCCCCGCAAUAAGGGGCGACAUCGCCGCCUAAUAAUAAAUAAAUAUGAAAAGUAAGAAUCCGAUACCAUUAAAAAAAUUACAGAUAAUAUAAGAAAAAGUACACACAGAUGAAACUCGCUGCCCAUCAGGUAGGGACAAAACUAGUUAGUGGGUGAUAGUCGAUAGAUGAUGUGAUGGACUGAGUUUUCUUCUCUUUCAAUGAAAUAUAUUCUCUUUAAUGGAAUACAUGUUUUUAACCUUUUAUCUACUAAUUUACUUUUAACUUGUGGAUCAUUAUCAUAUCUCCGGUACAAAUAUAAUAAUAUAAUAAUGACACUUUCUCUACGCUCUCAAAUAUUGAAUUUUUCUAAAUUUGACGCUCUCACGCUCCCUCACUUACUGCCGCUCCCGCAACUACUAAAUACUAAUAUAUUGAAUUGUCCAUUUUUAUUAAAUUUUUUUUUCUGUAAAUCAGUAAUGCGAUGUAUACAUAUAUGGUAGAUUUUAUCUUAUAUAUAUUAGUUAUACAUUAUCUUAUAUACCAUUAUCGGCUAUGGGGAUGGGUUAGGGUGUCAACUCAUUUUCAAGUUGUCACCGUGGCUACUUAGAGAUCGGCCAUCCAUAUCCUGUGCCACCCAUCUUGUGGCCCAGAUUUUUCAAGGGCAAAUUCGGGAGCUGCACACAGGAUCAAAACCCAUCAUACGUCAAUUACGCUAGGCCUCCUCGUAUUUCGCCCGUCCCUUCUCUCUCCUUCUUCAAUCUCCCUGCAGGCAACUCCGCAAUGACCGCCGUUCUGCAUCCACUUCCCCCCAACAUCAGAAGAGAAACUGGCGUAGCCCCGUUUGCAGACGAUCACUUCAGCCGGCGAACCCACGACGUCUUCACUCGCCGGCGGAGUCCACCCUCUCCAUCUCUCUAUCUCCUCGUCUACCCAUCGCUAUCUCCCUCUGUUCCAUCUCUCUCUCUCUCUAUCUAUCUCCUCGUCUACCCAUCGCUAUCAACCAAGAACCGAAUGAGGCCUGCCAGGUCCUGCCGGAAGAGGCUUUGGAGAUACUAGGGGUGAUAGCGGGAUGCAAGGUGAAAAGAAUGUUGGUGGACACCGGCAGCUCGAUGGAUGUCCUAUUCAAAAGCACGUUUGAGCGCAUGCAAUUGGCGCCCGAGUUGGUGAGAACCUCAAGCUCCAUGUUAAUUGGGUUCUCAGGGGGCGCCCACCCAAGUCAUCGGGCGCGUGCGCUUACCCGUGACCCUCGGUGAUGAAGCACAUUGCGUGACGCAUGCAGUAGAAUUUGGAAUCGUGGAUUGCCCAUCAUCGUACAAUGUGAUACUUGGCCGACCACUCUUGGCACAAUUCAAUGGAGUGGCUUCCACUUGCCACCAAACGUUGAAGUUUGUGGCGCCACAAGGCAUAGGCAUCUCGCGGGGGAGGAAUGUUCCAAGAUAUGCACGAGAGGAGGAACCAAGAUGUCGCGUCCGAAAACAUAGGCUAAACACCAUCAACAUUCGCCCAGAGGAGGCGCCCCGAGCAGAGUCUGUGGAUGAUGAGUUAGUUGGGCGAUAGAUGAAGGGCGCCCAGAGCGACAAGUGCGAAUAUCCGCGCAAGCCGCUAAAGUCAUGAAGGCGCCUUUGAUAGAAUUGUUGUGAGAUUUUGGGGAGCUGUUUGCCUGGAGCGCGCAAGACAUGCCUGGUGUGUCCCCUGAGACAGCGGGGCAAAGGCUCGCCGUGAAGGAGAGCAAAAAGUCUGUCCAACAAAAUUGCUGAAACUUAUCCCCCGAAAAAGAGGAGGCGAUCCGUCGUGAAGUUGAUAGAUUACUCGAGGUAGGAUUCGUGGAGGAAGCAAGGUACAUCACGUGGCUUUCGAAUGUCGUGUUUGUCCCAAAGCCGUCGGGAGACUAGAGAAUGUGUGUGUACUUCACUAACCUCAACCGGGCGUGUCCUACGGAAGCAUACCCUAUGCCACACAUCGAUUUUCUCGUAGAUGCGACAACAUAUCAUGAGGCGCUUAGUUUCCGCGACAUGUUCUCAGGCUACCAUCAGAUCCCCAUGGUGGAGGAAGAUAGGGCGAAGACGACCUUCAUGACACCCUUUGGUAACUUCUGUUACAGAGUGAUGACGUUUGGGUUAAAGAACGCAGGAGCCACGUACCAGCGCAUGGUAAACCAGGUUUUCCGCAAGCAACUAAGGAGGAAUGUAGAAGCAUACGUGGAUGAUUUGAUCGUAAAAAGAAAGAGGCGCCGGGACCACAUCAUGAACUUGCGAGAAACUUUUGAGACGAUGCGCCACUUCAGGUUAAGGCUUAACCCUAAAAAGUGCGUAUUCUUGGCAGAGGUAGGGAAAUUCUUGGGAUUCAUGAUAACGAAGCGGGGAAUUGAAGCCUACCCCAAAAAAAUCGAGGCAAUCAUGAGCUUGGCUCCCCCCUCGAACGCUGAAGGAGGUACAAGGAUUAACGGGAAGUUUAGCGGCCCUUCGGCGCUUCAUUGCGAGGGCCUCUGGAGAUGCGAGGGCUUCAUUACGGAAGUGAAGUUGUUUUGUCAGUGGAGAUGCGAGUCCCAACCUUCAGGAUGACCCGCCGAGACGAGUCAAUGGAUGCCCAGGAGCGAAUUGAUGAGUUAGACAUAUUUGAUGAGAGUCGAGAGGCAGCCGCUCUAUGCUUGGCAGCAAUGAAGAGUCAGGUGGCAAGGUACUACAAUAAAAAAUGCAUGCACACAACAUUGCGGUGGGCAGCCUUGUGUUAAAACGAGAUUUCCGCCCCAAGGCCACAGAAGGGAAGUUGGCCCCAAAGUGGAAAGGACCAUAUCGUAUUCAAGAAGUCAUUGGCCCAAAUACGUUCAAGCUAGAACACCUGUCGGGCAAGAAAGUGAAGAGGACUUGGAACGCCCAAAAUUUGCGACGGUACGAAGUAGGGGAGGCAAGUAUGACAUGUAAUGAUGUGGAGGUCAAAAUUGGUACCUUAUCAGGCGCAGAAGAACAGGCGCCCACUUGCGAGUAGAAGCACAAGGCAAGUUGUUUCCGUGAAGGGCUUCUUUUGGUUAGUAGGUUUUUGUUGAAUUUUCAAAAGCGCCCUUAUGCGUCGUAGGAUUAAAGCGCCCUUUAUGCG